GCAAGUCCUUGACGUCUUUGGAGGAUAGGAUUGUAACCCCUCAUUCGAUUUACAUAGCAAGUCGGUGCGGUUGCUUUGCCAACCCGCAUCAUACUCUAAGUAUAUCAGCCAUGACUUCGGCAGCGUCGGGGAAAAGCAUAACGGACGACAUGCUCGAGAAUGUCCCGCAGCCGUCCCCAGUUAUGGAAUCGAAGGAGCAUGGGAAGCUCAGCGACAUCAUCCGAGAUGCGAAGCUCGCAACGGAGAAGGAGCAAAAGAUGACCCUGUUACAGGGUCUAAAGUUGUAUCCUAAAGCCAUUGCAUGGAGUGUCCUCAUAUCGACAUGUAUCGUUAUGGAGGGCUACGACGUCUCCCUAGUCAAUAACUUCUAUGCCUUUCCACAGUUCAACGAGAAGUACGGUGUUCCCAUCACCGACGCCGCUGGAAAUACCUCUUAUCAAGUUCCAGCAGCAUGGCAAGCCGGGUUAAGUAAUGGUGCGGUAGUGGGUGAAAUUAUAGGUCUUGUUAUAAACGGUUGGGUCUCUGAGCGAUUCGGUUACCGAUACACAGUUAUAUUUUGUCUUUCGCUCAUCAUCGCAUUCACCGCCAUCUUCUUCACUGCGCAAACCGUGGUGCACCUCCAAGUCGCCGAGAUCCUGUGCGGUAUCCCAUGGGGUGUCUUCCAGACUCUGACUAUCACCUAUGCUUCCGAAGUAUGCCCUGUCGCCUUGAGAGGCUACCUCACUACUUAUAUCAACUUUUGUUGGGGAAUCGGCCAGAUGAUUGGCAUCGGUGUUAUAAUGGGUAACUUAUGGCGGACUGACGAGUGGGCGUAUCGUAUACCAUAUGCCUUACAGUGGCUUUGGCCAGCUCCUCUAAUCUUCGGCAUUUAUUUCGCGCCCGAAUCACCAUGGUGGCUAGUAAGAAAAGGAAAACUUGAUGAGGCCAAAAAGUCCUUGCUUCGAUUAACCAGCUUUGACCGUGAAUCGGACUUCGAUGCGGAUGAGACUGUUGCCAUGAUGGUUCAUACGUCCGCUUUAGAGCAGAAGAUCACCAAGGGAGCUAGCUACAUGGACUGUUUCAAGGGAGUCGACAGACGCCGGACCGAAAUUGUAUGCAUGUGCUGGGCAAUUCAAAAUCUGAGCGGAAACUCAUUUUCCAACUAUUCGACAUAUUUCCUGCAAAGGGCCGGGCUUAGCGAUGAAAAGGCGUAUGCAUUCGCCAUGGGCCAGUACGCCAUAAACUGCGCUGGCGUCUUCGGAGCUUGGAUUCUGAUCACUUUCGGAAUUGGACGAAGGACUCUUUACCUAUAUGGUCUUGCUGGCCUCUUUUCCAUGCUAAUGGUUCUCGGAUUCCUCGGCCUUGCCAAAGAUCGAAAUGCUGCCUCUUUAGCAACAGGUAGCAUCAUGUUGGUGUGGGCUCUCUGCUACCAACUCACUGUCGGGACCGUUUGCUACUCCUUGGUCGCUGAAAUAUCGACAAGACGCCUGCAAAUCAAGACUGUGGUGCUCGGUCGUAUUCUUUACAACAUCGUUAGCAUUAUCUGUGGUGUAUUAACGCCAUAUAUGCUUAACCCUUCCGCAUGGAACUGGGGUAACUAUGCGGGUUUCUUCUGGGCCGGCUCAUGCUUCCUAUGUUUCAUCUAUACCUAUUUCCGCGUACCCGAGCCAGCCGGGCGUACGUUUGCAGAGUUAGAUCUGCUGUUCGAACAAAAAGUGAGUGCGAGAAAGUUCGCCACGACUGAUGUAGAUGUGUUCGCCGAGCACGUCGAAGAGGUCGUGAUGAGGAACUAUGAAGACCAGCUUGCCCUUUCAAACACCAAGACGAUUGUUUGAGGCAUGGUAGGAUGAGCAAAGCAUGAGGGGCGGAACAGCCGGAAUACGGCCAUGAGCCAUGAGGAACGCGGGUGUGACUUGUACGAGAUAAAUAUGGACCUUCCUUGAAUACCUAGGUAGCAUUUAUUGCAUUUUGGACAAAUAGUUGAAUACCUAGUUUAUGAACCAACUUGAUUUGUAAUAAAACGAGAACUGAGGUGUAGUGUCUGAGUGGUGUUGCGAGGUGAUUU